UUUUUUUUCCCUGUCAAAAUAUUUAACAUUUUAAUUUUUUUAUAGUUUUCCAAUUUAAUUACUAAGAUUAUUAUUAUAAUGAGUAAAUACGUGAAAUAGUUUUCUUGUAAUGGAUGAUGACAUAAUCGAUGGCCAUUGUGAUCCAAAGAAACCGCAUGAAGUAUCCUUUGACGACAUCACCACGGCUGAUUUGCUUUUGAUGGACGAAGUGACUAAGACGCCGUGUACGAGAGCAGUGAAUUGUGUUGAAUACAAAAUGGAGAUUUUUUUAAAGAAAGAAUUCAUGCAGCCGACGGGCAGUUUCAAAGUACGAGGUGCACGUUAUGCCUUACUUCUACUCUCCGACAAACAGAAGCAAAUUGGUGUUAUAACAGCAUCAACGGGAAAUCACGCUUUGGCCUUAAGUUAUCAAGGCGAUCUGCUCAAAAUUCCCAUUACAGUUGUGGUGCCUACUUGUACCGCCACGGCUACAAUCGAAAAAUGUCGUUCUUAUCAUGCGCAAGUGAUCACCGAGGGCCGCGACAUUGCUGAGUCCAGAGUAGUUGCUUUGGUUUUAUCAAAGGUCAGACAACUGAAAUAUAUCGAUAGCUAUGAUCACCCACAUAUUAUUGCCGGUAACGGUACGAUUGGCUUUGAAAUACUAAGACAAGUACCGAAAAUCGACGCUAUCGUGGUACCUGUUGGGGGUGGUGGACUUAUAGCCGGGAUUGCUAGAACAGUUAAGACGGUAUCACCUCAGACACAAGUUAUUGGUGUCGAGCUGGAGAAGUGCCCGAGUUUCCAGCGAGCAAUGGAGAAUGAGACGCCUACUUAUACGCCACCAAAUAAGUCGCUGGCUGAGAGUUUGCUGAUGCCCAAGGUGGGUUGUAAUGCAUUCUCCAUGGUUGCCAUUUUGAUCGAUAAGUUGGUGUUGGUGCGCGAUCCUUGGGUGGCGUUGGCAAUGCUGCGACUAGUUGUGGAAGAGGAGUGCGUAGUCGAGGGUGCUGGUGCUGUGGGUUUGGCGGCAAUACUGGCAGGUCUAUUGAAUGAAUUGCAUUUCAAAAGAGUUGUGGUUCUACUUACUAAUACCUAUGCGGCAGCUUAUGGACGUGCUCUAGAAUGUGGUUUGUCUGCUGAACGACGCUUACUGCCCGACGAUACUGAGCACAGUGUCUGUAGCGUAUUUACACUUAUCGAGAAGCUCACCAAAAUUGGCCUCCAUGUGAAGGAUAUAUUAUCAGAAUGUGUAUGGUUGCCAUUAGCCUAUAAUUUGGAACUUGAACAACGUUCCAAGGCUGCACUUCAACAAUUCACAUUAGCCGAGAUGAGAAAAUUAUCAAACGAUAACGAAGAAGGUGAAAUGCAACCAACCACGUCAGCACGAAGCAAAAACGAAGGCGGAAGUCCAAAGGGAGCCGCAAUAAGUCCAAAAAAAGCACCAGAAACGAAACACGAAGAAACAAGCGGAGCGACACAAAGAGAGGAUGAAGAAGAAAAGCCAGUCAAAGAAGCUCAAGAUAAGAUCCUGAAACCUGUACAAGUUCCAUUGAAAUCCAGAAGAUCUUCAAUAACAAACCGAAAACUCACAUUUAAGAAGCAAGUCAGAUAAACUAUUUGACGAGCUUAAGACUAGUAUUUAAGAGACAACAAUUAUGUAACUCACAAAAUUUCAUUUCAUCUCAUUUAUAAAACGUUUGCAAAAAUUGUUGCACUAACAAGAAAAAAUAUUUCAAUAAAUCAUGCUUCAUCUUCA